GGUGAGUGGCCCAGGGGCUGGGAGGGAGCUGGAGGAACACUUGGGGACUUUCCUGGCAGAACCGUGGGGACAGAUGCCCCUCGGGGAUCUCUGUCCCUGCUGCCACUCAGCACCAGGUGGGACCUUCAGCCUGAGCAGCAGCAGAGCAGCAGCAGCCACCCAGUGGGACAGUGAUGCCUUUGUGCUUGCAGAGGGACCUGCGGGCUCCGGCCCAUGGCUUCUGACCACAGCUCUGCAGUUUUUGACUACGACUCCUUGCCUUCUGCUGCUGACACCUCCCGUGUUGUGGGUACCACUGGUGUCCAGCCAGGGGCCUGGCCUGGCAUCGUCAGCAUCCAGGCCACCUGGGAGAACGGCACGUGGCACAUGUGUGCAGGCGUCCUCCUCAGCCCCCGGUGGGUCCUCACGGUGGCACACUGCUUCGCCAGGGCCGGGCACCUCCCCAAGGACUUCUCCGCGUGGGGAGUGGUGAUGGGGGCCACAGAUCUGACUCAGCCGGGCCCCAAGGCUGUGGUGAGACACAUCCAGAGGCUCCUGGUGCACCAGCACUACAUGGCUGCCACGGCGAGGAACGACAUCGCCCUGCUGGAGCUGCAGCAGCCCGUGGAGUGCAGCGACUACAUCCAGCUGGGCUGUGUGCCCGACGCCUCGCUCAGGGUGUCGGAGCUGAAAUCCUGCUACAUCGCCGGUUGGAACCUUGCCAGAGCUCAGGGAACAGGCAGGAUUCUGCAGGAGUCCAAGGUCCACCUGAUGGACACGGAGCUCUGCAACAGCAGCCCAUGGUAUGCAGGGGCCGUUCAUGCUGACAACCUCUGUGCUGGGUACCCAAUGGGCGGCAUCGACACCUGCCAGGUAGGAGCCCCACACAGCCAGGGCCGGGCUGGGAGAGAGGAGCCAGGGCCGGGCUGGGAGAGAGGAGCCAGGGCCAGGCUGGGAGAGAGGAGCCAGGGCCGGGCUGGGAGAGAGGAGCCAGAGCUGGGACCAGCCCCUGAGGCCUCUCUCCUGGCACAGGGGGACAGUGGGCAUCCCCUGGUCUGCAAGGACAACGCAGCCGACUACUACUGGCUCGUGGGAAUGAACAGCUGGGGAAGAGGCUGUGACAGAGCCAGGCACCCCGGGAUCUACACCUCCACUCAGCACUUCUACAACUGGAUCCUGCUCCAGACGGGCCUGAGCCCAGCAGAAAGAGCUGGUCCAGCCCCAGAGCCAGCUGUCACCUCAGCCCCUGAGCGGCCUGUGAAACCAGAGGAAGCAGAGGAAGCAGAGGAAGCAGAGGAAGCAGAAGAACCAGAGGAAGCAGAGGAACCAGAGGAACACAUCAACUUGACCCCUGAGUACAACCGAAGACCAGCAGUGACAUCCUCAGGCACGUCACUGCCCAUGGCAUUCCCACACCAGAUCCUGGUGCAAUUCCGGAAUCUGCUGCAGGAGUUCCUGCAGUUCAUGAAGGACAAAAAAGCUUGAGCAGCAGCAGGAUGAGCAGGAUCCAGGGCUACAGUGGACCAUGGCAUUUCCUGCUGGGCCAAAGGUAGCCUUGGGGCCAGAGGCUUCUCUGUCCUGCCCCUGCUGCUCUGCUGCAGCCACACCGAUGCUGAUGUGACUGAGGUGUUGAAGUAAAGUUUGUGUUCACUGAACUGUGUUUUCAGCCCUGCUCAGUGCACCCACAGGCUCGGAGAGUCCCUGCUCUGUCUGUCCAUCUGCUGUGCUGUUCACAUUCAUUCUUCAGCCUGGAGGGCUCCAGGGAAACCUCGGUGCCCCUUCCAGUGCCUGAGGCAGGUUAUAAAAAUGGGGGAGAGCGGCUUUUUGCAUCAGCACAUCAUGAUGGGACAAGGAGGAAUGGUUUAAAUCUAGAGGAGGGGAGAUUUGGAUGAGGUGUUGGGAGGGAGUUGUUACUCAGGGACUGGUGAGGCCCUGGCAUAGAGUGCCCAGGUAAGGUGUUGCUGCCCCUGAAUCCCUGGAAAUGUCCAAGCCGGGCUGGACGGUGCUUGGAGCAGCCUGACACAGUGGAAGGUGUCCCUGCCCAUGGCAGGGGCUGCAAUGAGAUGAUCUUUAAGAUACCUUUCAAAGCAAACCAUUCCAUGAUUCCGUGACUGUCUUAACUCCGUGUGUGUAUCCAGCUGUCUGGAAUGCAGCAUCUUGUGCACACACACAGAGACAAGAGCAAUGCCCACAUCCAACAACCUGGGACAGAACCAGCCCAUGGCUGUGAGCCCACCUGUGUCAGCUACACAGACCUGGAAGGAGAAACCUCCUGUGGUCAGCAGCCCAUGGGAUCUGGCUGUUCUGGGGCAGAAC